GGAGGAUCCCGGGGGUUUUUCGGUUCGGCUCGCGGGGAAAAGCUCCAGUCCUGUGGGAUGCAGGACUGAGAGUGUCUCCCUCUCCGCUACACCCAGCCCCGGUACCCGGUACCCCGUACCCGCUCACCCUAACUGUUAUGCCUAUUAUUAUUUACACCGUGUUUAUCUCUCUACAAGAAACCGCCACUUUGUGCCAGAAUAUCGUUUCUCUCUAUUCCUUCUUUCUUCACUCAGUGGACUUUUAUUCUCCCCGCUAGAUUCUCCAAACUCUCGUUUGCCCCCACCUAGGCACACUAUCAAAUAUCCAUGUCAAAUUAAAGACGGUAGUCCAUUUAAUCCACGGUUCCCGCGUCAUCCGCGCGCUUUAACCUGCCACGGCUCGAGCAGGUGAAGGGCGAGUCGCGUGCUGGAGAACAACUUUUGGGUCUCGUGCAGCAGACGCGUCGGGUGAAUCCGGAUCGAUCCUGAUCGAUCAAGAGAUCCUCACGACACUUCAGGACUCCGCGGCUCGUGAGAUGUUCGGGAUCCAGGAGUCCGUCCCACGCGGAGGGAUGAAAGAGGAGCCGCUCGGCGGGAUGACCGCCGUGCGCUCGUGGAUGCACUCGAGCGGCGUGGUGGACGCCAACACCGCCGCGCAAAGCGGGGUCGCCCUGGCCCGGGCGCACUACGAGAAGCAGCCGCCCUCCAACCUCCGGAAGUCCAACUUCUUCCACUUUGUGCUCGCACUGUACGACCGGCAGGGCCAGCCUGUGGAGGUGGAGAGGACCGCCUAUGUGGACUUUGUGGAGAAAGACAAGGAGCCCAACAGCGAAAAGACCAACAACGGAAUUCACUACAAACUUCAACUCCUUUACAGUAAUGGUGUCCGGACCGAACAAGACCUGUUCGUCCGCCUCAUAGACUCAAUGACGAAGCAGGCGAUCAUCUAUGAAGGACAAGACAAGAAUCCCGAAAUGUGCCGCGUGCUGCUCACCCAUGAGAUCAUGUGCAGCCGCUGCUGUGAUAAGAAGAGCUGUGGGAACAGGAACGAGACUCCAUCAGACCCUGUCAUCAUAGACAGGUUUUUCUUAAAGUUCUUCCUGAAGUGUAAUCAGAACUGUCUGAAAAAUGCAGGGAAUCCUCGAGACAUGAGGAGAUUUCAGGUGGUGGUUUCUACGACUGUCAACGUGGACGGCCAUGUGUUAGCAGUGUCCGACAACAUGUUCGUCCACAACAACUCCAAGCAUGGCCGACGGGCUAGACGCCUAGACCCUUCAGAAGUCGAGUUUGUAAACAAGCACAACUACAUGACCCACACGCACGCACACACACACACACACACACACACACACACACACACACACACACACACACUGGUAUUCAUGGCUACUGGGGACCAACUUUUUAAUCAUCACUGGUGGGGACCACCCUUUCUAGAGGUGCUAGAGGUGUGAAAAAAAUUCAGCACACUCACUACUGUUUAGUUAGCCUAUACAUGCCUUAAAACCUGCAAAUUUCCAUUAAAAUGUUUUCCCCAUCAUAUAUGGGGACCACUGAAAAAUCAAGUCAAUGUGUUGAUAGGGGACCGAAUUUGCAUGAAUUUGCAAAGAAUUUACAUAAUUCACACCUUCAUACUUGACUUUUUGGGGACCAUACUGGUCCCCAAAAAGUCAUGUCCAUCGUUAUUAUUAUCAGUUAUUAUCAUUAAAAAAAUCUUAAAUUUACUUUUGAUUUUAAUAUGCCAUACUCAAACCAUAAAUUAGUACAUUUAAUCAACUAAAAACCGCAAGGACACAUCAGGAGGACAAAAAAUGGAAGAGGUGCCAUGUAGGAGAGUCAGGCAUCUCAUCAGACACUUCCCUGAAAAAAAAACUACUGUGCAACCUUUCACUUGACGCAAGAACCUUGUACCUCACAACUGGCAUG